GCUUUGAUUUUUUAGCAUUUGCUAAUUAGCAUCGCGUUAAGUUUGUUUCACUUAGGUUAGCAUUGGCUAAUGACUCCUGCUCGCUCGUUGGAAGAACAGCACAAGUAUCCUUGAAACCGAGCCGAGUCUUGCUAAAGUUGGCUGUAUUUACCUGUGGCGACAAGGACAGUCCCCCGCUGUGCUCCUGUCUGCCUCAAAUCCGCUUUUAAAUGUGGCGGUUUGCAUCAUUUGUGAAGUGACGACGUGGGAGGCGCAGCACGGAGCCAACUGAAGCUAACGUUAGGUUGCUAGGCAACAAAUAAUCCAAAAUAUACGCAUAGUUUUUUUAAACUAGCCAAAAUGUAAGCAUUUUCUUUUGUAGCAGAUGUAGCAGCGUUUAUUCUAUAAUAGGACCAAAAAACUGACUUCUUUUAAUUAUCAACAUCAGAUUGGAUAAACUGAAAAUAACGUCACGUUAGCUUACAAUUUGGUAACGGUCAGUUACCAUGGUGACAAGCCACAAGAUAUAACGCUCACUAACGGCCAUAUAAACAGCACUGAGCAACCUUAGCCCACUCGGACAUGUUCGGUUCUAAUCGCAUUAAAAUCCUACUAAUGGGACGCUGACAUGCUUUGGUGCUAAACCACGUAGAAGACGUCCUGGUUGUAAGGGAUGGAAGAGCCGCCUGUGGUGAUCCUCCAACACCUGAUGAGUGGCAGGUAGUGAGGGUGCAAAAGAAAUGUUGUGCAGUCCUGUACAAUGAAGAAGAUAUUCAAUUUUACUAAGAAGAGGAAAACCCCAUCCGGUACUCCUGACAACGGGAGUGUGCUUUCUGCUGGCUAUGAACUGAAAGAAAAGGACCUCGGGAAGGUUCACAAGGCUGCCUCAGUUGGUGAUUUGGCAAAGUUGAAGCAGCUUGCUAAAAAGAAUGAUAUCAAUCAGCUUGACAAGGAGAACAGGACUGCACUUCAUAUUGCCUGCGCCAGUGGACAUGGCGAGGUGGUACAAUUCCUCGUUGAGAGCAAAGCCAAGCUUAACCUAUGUGACAAUCAAAAUAGAUCCGCCUUAAUGAAGGCCGUGCAGGGCCAGCAUGAACGCUGUGUAAACAUACUGCUGGAGAAUCAUGCCGAUCCUAACCUGGUCGACAUCAAUGGCAAUACGGCCUUACAUCUAGCAGCGAACAUCCCAUCCAUUUCCACCACUGUCCUGCUGCUGGAGCAUGAGGCUAACAUCAAUGCACAAAAUAAGGAGGGAUUCACACCAUUGACGGUGGCAGUCCGUGAGGACCACAUUGAUAUGGCGGAGUUACUUAUCAAGGAGGGUGCUGAUGUUAAUUUUAAGGACCAAGGCCAAAGGUCCCCAUUAAUGAUAGCUGCUGGCAAUGGACAAAUUUCUAUGUUGAGGCUGCUUUUGCGGUUUAACGCAGAUAUCACACUAAAGGAUACCAAAGGAUGGUCAGCUGAUGACUACGCAGUGAUGAAUGGGCAUCAUCCUUGUUCCCUCCUGAUCAUUGAGCACAGUACCCAGAGGAAUGAUGGGCCCUCCGUAUCACAACAAGGUCCAAGCAAGAAGAAGAAGAAAACACUGUUGGGCAGUCCUUCCCAAGACGUUGAAGCAGGCUUCUCUUUUGGAGGACCAGCCACUGACAAAGAUGAGCAUGGAGCAAAUGAAGCAGGGGGAGAUUUUGAGGACAAUUCUCAGUCGGAGUCUCUAAGUCGAGUUUCAAAAAGUGCUGCAGAUGAAUGGCCUUCGUCAGAAGACGAUGAUGAAUCGGUUUUGAUUGAAAAGAAACCACUGAAGGUAAACCUCAGGAAAAUGAUUGCAACUAAAAGGGGAGAAGCUUCUGCACCGCCUGACAGAUCCUUGAGCGGUACAGAAUCUGAGCCAGAGAGUGAGAAUAGAGUCCAGACAAUUCCAUCCCUCCCACCAUCCAGAAAAGCACCACAGCGCCCAGUAGUUCCCUUUCCUGUUUCCUUCCUUUCCAAAGCACCCCAGAUGACUUCUACCCCUCUUCCAAGCUUCAGAAAGGAAGAAGAUUCCACUGGGGAUGAAGAUGAUAAUGACCAAGAAGAGGAGAAAGAUGAUGACGACGACGAUGAUGAGGAGGAGGAAGAAGAGGAAGAAGAUGCCUCAGAUGAACAUGAUCAGCCUGAACGGACUGCAGAAUCCCUUAAUGCCACUUCACCAUUUCCUGAGACAGAAGUCUCUAAAGAUAAGAAAAGAGAUUUAAUGUCCGAGUUGGGUCUGGAGAAGGGAGAGGAAGAACAGGACUCCUGGGACUCUGAGUCCCAGUCUGAAAGUCGGAAUACGCCCCAUGAAGAGAAACAAAGCUUGUGUACUCAGGGUCAAACAGAGAUGUCCACUGUUGAAGAAGAGCUUAAAGAAAACUUGUUUUAUAUUCCCUCUUUUUUAAGAGGGGAAGGAAGCAAUAGGAUGGCAGUCAUAGAGCCUCGGAGGAAUGUAGGCAGGCCAAGAAGCAGCCAGGGAGAGGUUGGAGAUGACAAUAAUGGUGAUAAGGGAGGCGAACAUGUUGAUGAAGAUGAUACUAUACAGAAAGAGACUGACAAGGCAAAAUGGGAACCACUUCGUGUUUUGAGUAACCUUGAAGGAGAUAAUGAAGGAAAGACAGACUUAAUGGAAGAGCUUGGUCUUGGGGAUGUUGACGAUCUUGAAGAUGCAUCAGAUUGGGACUCGGCCAGUACGACCAGUAAGAGAACCUUACCUGGCCGCAGAAUGCUCUCCCCUGGACUCGAGGAGUUCCCAGAAUGCUCCUAUCCAUCUGUUAAAGAGCAGGAUGAGGACAUAGUUCCCGUAGCACCCCCGACACCUCAGAGGAGCAUUAACUCCAACAAGACACCGCCCAGCACACCCCCUCAACCAGCACCCCAACCCACACCUCGAGCAAGGAAGAUGGUGCUUCAGACACCAGAGAGUGAAGAAGAGUCAGAUUGGGAACCAGACAAUGUUGCACCCUCUUGCAAUGCAAGUGCAAUUGACAAUCAGCUGCAAAACACAGCUGAGGCUGUGGGUAAACCAGGUUCUCCUGAGCUCUCACCGACGGCAAGAGACAGUGAAAGUAGUGAAGAGUCUGAAGAGCAGCAACAAAAGGAGAUAGAUGACCCAAUAGAUAAGUGUGAGUUUGAUCUAAAUAACCCAUGUCCAUCUGGUCAUGUGGCCUCCGACUGUGGAGAAAAGGAUAAUGACUUUAGAGAUCAACACAGCCCUGAAGAGAAGGGUGCAGCCGGGGAAAACGUACCGUGGGAGAAUCGUUACGAGAAGCUUUGGGUCGAGGUGGAGAAACGUGAGGUAAAAUCCACCUUCAAGAAUGUUGCUGGUGAGUUAAAAGAGAGGUUUGGAGAGCUGCUUAAAUCAAGAUGUUCUGCAGAAGACAGCACAGAAGAACAGGCCAUGGCUGAAUCUGUUUCUGCAGGAGAAGAAUCAAGUGAUGAAGAAGAGGGGGAAGUCAUUGUGCGCCCCAUGGCCAGAGCAAGGAGUACCGUCCUUCUCACCAUACCCGAGCAGAGGGAGUCUGGACUGGAAGACUCAGCGACAGAGUCAACUGACAACUCCUUAUGCGAGGACCGGAUGCAGGUCCGUGAGCCAGCUAGAGAGAUCAACAUGUGUCAAGGGCCAGAUCUACUCACUGAUGAUGUUCUGGACGAGUGCAGCUCUCCUUCACCACAACUCACCAUAGCACAGAGAGACGACUGCAUACAUCCUGUUAGUGCAGAUUUUACUGAUACCAUACCCAUGUCUAGAGUUGACCAUAGCACAUUCCUAAAAGAUGAGGCCAAACAUGGGCCCUUCCAGAAACCACAUCUGGACUUUGUCUGGAAAGACAACACUUCAAAUUUGGAUAAAGCUGAGAAAAACAGUGUGAGUUCAGAAGAGGAUCCCGAGGAAUUCACCAAGUCUCGCCCCCCCUCACUAAGCAGACGUUCAGCAUCUAUCCCAGGUGUUUCUGAUGAAGAGCUGGAAGAGGACAUGGAAAGAUAUAAACUCGAGCCUGAUAAAGAGACGACAAAGACUGCAAUGGAGGUGCAAAGGUCCAGUACUUCCUGGGAUACUGGUGGAUCGGCUUUGGAAGAAGUGGGUACUGAGAAACCUGAGACCAGGUUACCAUCCCUGUCAAGUCAAGCUGGAGCAGUUCAUCAGGAACAGCAGCUUACAGCCACCAAGAGCACCAACGGGGCACCAGUACAAUUGCACCUCCCACUUCAGCAGACCUACAAUAGCAUCAAACAGGAAGGACAAGCUGUAGAUGAGACCUCACGACUGGAGCUGGUCAGGGGGGCCCGGCGCAGCAGAGCCCCUCAGACCAACACUCAUGUCAAUGGAGAUCCUCUGUCUGUGUUUGAUGAUAGCACUUUAAGUGACGUGUCGGACGAUGAAGGAAGGUUUCCAACCAGUGGACAACAGAAAAACGAGAAUCCAGAGGAAAUGGAGAAUGCAGAAGACUUUGAUGAACUCACUCAGUCAUCUGACACAGCCACAGAUGACAUCGACUCUCCCACUUCAGGCUAUCGUCAUGCGUCGCUCCUCAUUCAAAAGCUGGACUCAGCCACUUUAGACUCGAGAAGCAUGGUGAAGCUGCAGAACAUUUUCCACGAAUACGAGCGUUCCAUCCAAAAGGCGAGGAGUCGCCACGGGUACCUGUCAGACAAGGUGACCCAGCUGGAAAUGGAAAGGGCAGAGCUUAAAAGCUCUUUGGAAGAAGUUAAAGAUUUUAAAUCUGCCUUGGAGCGCAACCAACUGGAACUGCAGACCGAGGUCACAAACCUCAAAUUUCAGCUGAAACAGGAGCAGGAAAAUCGUCGCAACGCCACCAUGAUGUACAACACAACCAGAGAUAAGCUGAGGAGGACGGAGGAGCAGCAUCAGUUAGAGGUUCAGGAGAGACAGAAAGUGGAGCUCACCCUCAGGAAUCUGGAGCUUGAGAUGAGGACAUUAGUCAACAACAUUAAACAGCUUGAAGAGGACCACAGUGAGACACAGAGACUGCUGGCUCAAGAGCGCAGUGCUCGGACGCUGCAGGAAAAUCUUCUCAACAGCCAUCUCCGUAAGCAGCAAGAGAUCGAGGACGAGAACAAGAGAAACAUAAGCAAAAGCAAUGAGGCUUUGUCUCAGCUCACUGAAGCCAGUGACCGGGAGAGGGAGCUGCUCCAGCAGACUUCUACGCUCCAGGAGCAGUUGUCUAUCGUGAGAACAGAUCUUGAGCGUUUGCAGGCCAAUAGCAGUCUCAAAGAGAGCCACCUCUUGGAGGAGAACGACACCCUCAAGGAACAGCUAGAAGAUGCUCGUCGAGAUCUCAAACUCAACAGCGAAGCCCUGACCCAAACUGUCUUCAACUGCAAUAACCAGGUGACUGCCCUGAAGUCUGAGCUGGCUAUAACAACAACCCGUCUGGAAAAUGAGCGGCAGACUCGCGAAGCCCUGGAAGGAGAGGUCGAGUCCACUCGUACCCGCUUGGCUGGAGCCGUAAAGGAGGCAGAGCUUUGCCAGGCAGCUCACACAGACACAGAGAGAGCUCUGCUCCGAGAGAAAGAGGAACACCAGCGUCUUAAAGACAGACUCACAGGUGAUGCAGCCAGUCAGCGUGAGGCAAUCAGCAGCCUGUCCCAGAAGCUGGCCAAGGCGGAGACUCGAGCAAACAGCAUGGAGAACGAAGUCCAUCGGGCCACACUGCAGCUGACAGAGAAAGGCUUACUGCUGGAGGUCCAGCAGCGGGAGAAGGACCAGGUGGCUGUACGCGUCAAGGAGCUAGAAGCAGCUCUGCAGGCAGAGAGGGAACAGGCCAGCCGUGCCGGAGCACGCCAAGAGGCCACACAGGAGCGGCUAGCCCAAACCCAGAGUGAGGGCAUGUUACUACGGCAACAGCUAGAGGAGGCCCAAAACAAAGGUGUAGCAAAGGAGCGUGCUGUGACGGAUGCCCAAGAGCGCUUCAGUGACAUUCUGUCCAAGCUGCGAUCUGACUCCGAAGAGAGAGUACAACUAGUGGAGGACAGGAAUAAGGAGCUCGCCAGUAAGGCUGCUGACCUCCGAGAUCAGAUCUACAAGUUGGAGGAAGAGAAGAGCGAAAGAGAGACUAGUCUAAGGCAGCUGCAGCAGGAGCUAGCUGACUCGCUCAAGAAGCUGUCAAUGAGUGAAGCUUCCCUGGAGGUCAACACACGCUACCGCAAUGACCUGGAGGAGGAGAAGGCUCGGCUCCACAAAGACUUGGACCGGCUCAAAGGAAAGCUGGAGGAGAGCGAAGACCAGUAUGUGCAGGCUGAAAGACGUAUUAACAGUUUGAAGAGCAGUCUGGAUGAAAGGGAGAAGGAACUCGCCUCUGCUGCUCUGAAACACCAGGAGGCGCUGUCUGCCUCAGGAGCAACGGAUCUCACCAUCAAACAGCUGGAGGAAGCUGUGCAAAGGCUUGAGAUCGAGAACGCCAGGCUGGAAGCUGCCGCAAAGCAACAGUCCAACAAAAUUGAAGCGCUUCAGAAAGGGGCUCAGGAAUCUGCUAUGCUACCUGACUGCUCUCCAGGAGAAGGGGUCAGAGGUCAUUUGGAGAACCUGGUUACAAACCUCCAAAGCAGUAAGAUGACUUUGGAAGACCAACUCAGUCGAGAGGUCCAGAAGCAGAGCAUGCUGUCUCACACAGCCCAGGACUCUCAGGCCUUGUGGGAGGAGGAGCUGAAGAGCCGUUCAAAGUUAGGACUGCGCCUGGCUGAGCUUGAAAAGGAAAAAGGAGACCUGGGCACCCAGAUGGAAAUAGAAAAGAAGAAAGCAAAGAAAAUAGCAGAGCAGAAGAAGGCUAUCGACACCCGGCUGGACCAAGAGAUGAAGAGGAACACAGAGCUCCAAAAAGAAAUGUACAGGCUGCGUACUUUAUUGAAGACUGCAAAGAAGAAAUUGCGGGACCAGGACACGGCUGGAGCAGAAUUUGGCUCUCCUAUGAGCAGUCUGCGGAUGGACGUUGGCAGACGCAGUCAGGUCGAUGCUUCCUUUGGACAGAUGAAAGAAAAGGUGGACGAUCUGCAGAUGAGGCUGGAGAAGGAAGGAUCCCGCCGCAGCCAGCUAGAGAAGGUGAACGGGGACCUUAAAGACCAGCUGGCCUCCCUUAAGGGCUUGAGCCGCAGUAGUGACCAACUGGAGAGGAGUAAGAGGCAGCUGGAGGAGGAGGUGCUGGACCUGAGACGGCGAAUGGAAGCCGCUCAGAUGGAGCAAAGCCAGGUGGAGCAGUACCGCCGUGACGCAGAGGACAGGGCCCGUCAGGAGAUACAACAGAAACUGGAGCAGGUCAACAUUUUCCUGCAGUCCCAGGCAGCAUCCCAAGAAGCAUUGGAUCAGAUUAAAGCGGCCAAUGAGGCCAACCUGCGAUCCCAGAUGGAGCAGAAGAUCCGGGAGCUGGAGGGGGAACUGGGCCGAGCCCGCGCCAACAGUCAUGACAGCCUUAACCAGAGAGACUCCACGCGCACGGAGCUAGAUCGCUAUCGACAACUCUACACAGAGGAGCUGCGCAUACGCAAGUCCCUGGCUGCCAAACUAGAGAGGGCCAACAGUCGGCUCGCAGAAGCCAAUUCCAAGUUACUCAACGAGCGCAGCAGGUCCCUGAUCACCAGCAGCAUUGCGAACGGAAGCCUCGGAGGGCCCUCGCUGGACGUGGGCUCUUUGGGUUCACCGGCACACUACGGGGCCACACUGGGGCCCCUCAACAGGAGCCUAGGCCUUGGACUCUCCUUCCUCAGCCCUGUGACUGAGGGCCAGAACAGCAGGGUGGAGGACUACCUAGCCAAGAUGCAGAAUGAGUUGGAUAGAAACAUAUCAAAGGAAUUAAACAACGCCACAGCAGAGCUGGACGCUGCUUCAGCCCGUAUGUCCCCGGUGGGCUCUGCCUCCAGGGUGGAGCUGGACCCCGUCAGCAGGGCAACGCAGCAGUACUUGGAGGUACUAAAGAAGAACAAUAUGAUCUGAACACACAUCGCUGCUUCUCCCAGUCAAACAUUUUAUUCCAGCCAUUGAAAACUUAAUUAUUGACUGAACCGAGGCCAAAACCACCGCCCAGUCGUUUAACAGCAAGGAUCCAGCUUUAUGUAUUUACUCUCCCUUCUUUUAUAAAAAAAUAAACAUAAUGCACAUUGCACUUAACCACUCAGGAGCAAAGGGAAUGAGUCAUAUAUAUAUAUAUAUAUUGCAUCAUUGAUGGGUACAAUUAGAGAGAACCUCGAAAGUAUUUGUUCCUUCUGAUUAAUUCUGUUCAAUCUGUUACAGUUUUGUUUCUAUUAGCACAGUAUAUAUAUAUAUAUAUAUAUAUAUAUAUAUACACGCAGAAUUUUGGCUUGGAUUUUUAUUUGUGAAUAUUGGUGUUGCUAAAUUUGAAUUUAUAAGUAUUUGAUGUAUGCAUCAUUGAUCAUUUUGCCAAGAUAUUACAUUUGGUACGUGCCAUCAAAUGGUGCAAUAUCUGUCUUGGUCUUACUUUAUUAGACUCAUUGGAGUAUUGUGUUUUAUGAUUAUUUUAUUUAUUCAAUUUUUUUUAUGAACAUGAUAUACUUGAAUAAGACGAGCUGGAAUUCUCUCUGGCUAUUGAAACAGGGUGACAACAUUUGUAUGACUGUCAUUUCAGCUUGUGGUUGGCUUGUUUUUAGGGCCACCAAAAGUGAAACACGUGUUUUUUGUUUGAUAGUUUUUCAUUAUUCAUAGAUACUGUAACAGAUUACAUAUAGGGAAACAUUUAUGACGCCUGUACAUAACAGAAGACUUUAAAGUUGUAAAUAAAAUAAAAAAUGAAAGUAAAAAGACUUUGUCUAGAGUGGAAAUGAGAAACGAAAGGGCUUUGUGUCAGUUUCUUGUAGAUCUAUCACUAAGAUGCUGAAAAUGAAUCUAAAAAAUGUAACUAAUGUGAUUUGUUUUUAAUUUUCCCUAAACGAUCUACAUAUUAUACAUGUCUUAAUAAUAGCAAAACAACAAAAAAAGGAGAAGAAAACUAAAGUUUAA